AUGGAGCGAAGCUCCUCUGCUCCAGAGGGCAGUCGAAUUAGAUAUAUCACACUUGCUAAAAUCGAACUGCCAUCUUCAGAAGAACUAGCAAAUGAAGAUGAAGAAUUCAUGAAAUGGCUAGACCAGCAGCCACCUUCCUCUGUUCUUUUUCUGUGCUUUGGAAGUGCGGGUAUUUUUGAGCCAUCACAGCUUAUCGAGAUGGCAAUUGGACUGGAACAAAGUGGAGUUAGGUUCUUGUGGUCAAUACGUCUGCCUGUGGAUGCUGAAACUACAAAAUUAGAGGAGAUAUUGCCGGAAGGGUUCUUGGAGAGGACAAAAAACAGAGGAAUAGUAUGUGGAUGGGCACCCCAAGUCGAUAUCUUGGCUCACAAAGCCACUUUUGCAUUCAUUUUUCAUUGUGGAUGGAAUUCGACCCUAGAGAGUCUAUGGCAUGGAGUACCAAUUGUGACAUGUCCCAUUUAUGCAGAACAACACAUUAAUGCAUUUCAAUUGGUGAGAGAUAUUGAGGUGGCAGUGGAGAUGACAUUGAAUUAUAGGAUGCACCAUAUUGAUCAUCGCGAAAUUUUGAAGGCAGAGGAGAUGGAGAAAGCUAUAACAUGCAUAAUGGACAGUGAAAAUCCCACAAGGAAAAAGGUCAAAGACAUGGGAGAGAUUUUCAGGAUGGCGUUGAUGGAGGGUGGAUCUUCUUACAUUUCUCUAGGACGAUUCAGUGAAACUAUUCUUGAUUACUGUAAUUGA